CAGGAACCAUGGCGGCGGCGCUGGGCGGCCGGGGCGCGCGGCGGCUGCGGCUCCUCCUCUCGGCCCUGAAGCCCGGGAUCCGCGUCCCGCGACCCGGGCCCGCGGCCGCGCUCAGCUCCUCCGUGACCUCCGCCAGGGUGGCUGUGAAUGGCGUCCACCUGCACUACCUGCGGACCGGAGACGGCGAGCACGUGGUCCUGCUGCUCCCGGGAAUGCUGGGCAGUGGAGAGACUGAUUUUGGACCUCAGAUUGAGAACCUGAGUAAGAAGCUCUUCACGGUGGUUGCCUGGGACCCCCGAGGGUACGGACUCUCCAGACCCCCAGACAGAGAUUUCCCAGUGGAAUUCUUCGAAAGGGAUGCAAAAGAUGCAGUGGAUUUGAUGAAGGCACUGAAGUUUAAGAAAGUCUCCCUGCUGGGGUGGAGCGACGGUGGGAUAACAGCCCUCAUUGCAGCUGCAAGGUACCCGUCCUGCAUCCACAAGAUGGUGAUUUGGGGCGCCAACGCCUACGUGACUGACCAGGAUGAGGAGCUUUAUCAGGGUAUCCGAGACGUUUCUCAGUGGAGUGAGAGGACGAGGAAGCCUCUGGAAGCCCUCUAUGGGUUCAACUACUUGGCCAGAACCUGUGAGAAGUGGGUGGAUGGCAUAAAGCAGUUUAAGCAUCUUCCGGAUGGUAGCAUCUGUCGGCACCUGCUGCCCCUGGUUCAGUGCCCCACCCUCAUCGUGCACGGCGAGAAGGAUCCUCUGGUCCCCCGUUUCCAUGCCGACUUCAUACACAGACACGUGAGAGGGUCACGGAGAACCUGUUACUCAGAAUCACAACACAGCAGCGUCUGCCAGGCCGGCCGUGUUGGUGGCCCAUUCGAUUAAGCGGCGGAGACAUGUUCCUUGUCUGCGCAGCCUCGCUUCUGCCAACAGCCUGGGAGCCGGAGAGCCUAGUAAGACAAGUCAGCAGAAGUUCUGCUCUCUAAUCCCGCUUAUUUCGCUGCGAAGCAGCAGUUUCUAAUGUACACACUUGGGCUGACACGGGAGCCAGCCUCUGCUGGUGCUUAUAUCAAGAUGAGACUCCCACCUUGAAUAAACUCAGUAUUUCCUUGAUAAGCAGUGAUGCACGUCCCGAAGGAGAAAACCAGGUGUGACCAGGAGGUAGUGGCCUGGGUUUGUUUUUUUCAGAACAAAGAUACUGGAAAAUAAACACCCAAGUGAGGUUUGACCCCUUCAGAGACUGUAUAUUAAUUCCAGAGAUGCUGUCAUUACUCAGGACAUCUUUGGAAUUGUGUAGAAUUCUUUGGCAAUUGGCUUUAGUAGUGACCUGGGAACAUCCUUCCUGCCUCCAUGAGCCACUCCUGAUGCCCACUGCGGGCCAGCGCUGCCCGGCAGCUCGGGAGCGGUCCCUGAGCUGAGCGUUCCCGCAGUCCAGCAGGGAAAGUAGACGCAGAAACAGUUCUUCUACUUCCUAAUCGUACUGUUUGUUCCAUGAUAAUUUUAAAAAAUUUCUCAGAGAAUUUUUAAAUGUAGGGAACAUGCUUCUUAUUUUACAGUAAAAUAUCAUUACUUAUAAACCUGUGUAAUUCCUAUGUCCAAAUAGCAUUUUAUAUUUUAAAAGGCAUUUUACAUAUGAUACCCAAUUAUACUUCACACCAGCCUUAUGGAAGAAGUGUUCGUCCUGAUUUACAGAUGGGAAAUCAAGGCUGAGACGUGCUAAGUAAUCUCCCAGGGCUGCAUGGCUAGUAAAGGACAAAUGUGAGGCUUUUUUCCGCCUAGUAUAGUGGCCCCCCCGCCAGCACAGCUGCCUCCCAUAAACAUACUCUUAUUUUACUGUGAUAAGACGCCUGGCUUGCAUACUUGUUGACCUGGUUAAUUGUCUUUAGCCUCAGAAGUGACAGGUGUUUGCGCACGGCCACUCAUGGUACAUGCAGUGUGUUCCCUUUGAGAGCCAGGUCCAGUAAAAGUCUGCAAGAAAGUUUAAUUUAGGAAUUCUAUUGCGGACCCAUCGCCUAGCAACAGAACACAUCAAUAUGGGAGGAAGAUAUUCCCUGACUGUUCAGAUGUUAAUGGUUUCAGUGCGCUCUUUGAUGGCAGGUCGUUUUCUUAGAGCAGGACUCUGGAGAAACUGAGCAGAGAGUGGCGUGUCACUGCAGUGACUGUAAAGCUGGCCGCCUGUCGCGCUCUCCCCCUUCCUCUGCGGAAGAGCGCUUUAUGUUGGGCGUGGCCCUAAAACACGGCGGUUGAUUUUGGACCCACAAAAGGAGGGCUGAUUCUUGAGCAGCCAGGUCCUCCUCCACUCUGUGCACAGGCCUUCUGACCCCAGGGAAGCAACUCCAAGGGCAGGGUGCUUCUGUUGAACUUGGGGUUUCGUUUCCUGGCCAUGUACAUUCGUAGUUAAGGACGCAGUCUGUCGCCUCAAAGAUUUUACUACAAAUAGAUGUCAGGUAUGAAACAAAUGCCUUUCUCUCCUAGAAGGGUGGGCGUUCCGCAGGCCCGCUUCCUGCCUGUGUCCAUUUGUCUCUCUCUGUUCUCUUUGCUGGAGAAGAAUCAGCAUUUCCUGGAGACAGAGAGGCCUCAGAGAUCACUGACGUUCAUGGAUUGUAAGAUUCGUUUUCAGGCAGUUGAGCCCUUCCUCCUCACAGCCCUUGUGCAGAAGUCCCAGAUACAAGGCCUAAGAUAAGGGCUGCUCUGGCUGCAGCGGUGGCGGGGAGCAGACCCUGCCCCGCCCUGGGCGUC